AUGUCGACGGCUGGAGAGUUUCCAAAAAAACUACAAAAGCCACUGCUGGCCAAGAGUGUUCACUACUCUUCACUUUUCUUCAUUUCGCAGCCUCGGCUUAAUGUUUUCCUCAAGUUUGAAUCGACAGUUCAUCUUGUAUCUUCAGUGGAUUACCUUCAUCCUUUUAGUUGGGGUUUUUCCCCUGGGUGUUGCAGGCAUUUGGUCAGGAUGUUCAUCUUCUCUAGGCCUUAUGUUGUUGUCAUUUUGUUGUUAAGAAGGUUGAGCUGUUCUGAAGGGAGACUCCAUCUACCCCUAUUUUUGAUGGCUAGAAUUAGCACAGUAGAGUUGUCGUCUUUAUGACAAAAACAAUUAUCUUUGUGCCCUUGCUUUUUUCUAAUUCUCCUGGUCUUGUAGUAUUUGGGACCACUUGCUGCUUUCUGAACUAUAUGUGAAUGCUCUUUACGCAUGCAUGUUUAUUGUUA